AUGACCAAAUCGAUUGAUUGGAAAGCUUCACCUCCGCAGACCAAAUCUCGAGCUGCAAUCAUGGAGGACCUGAGGUCUUCUGUCUCGAGUCCGGACUCUGUUUUCGACAUUCUUGUCAUUGGUGGCGGAGCCACGGGAACAGGAAUUGCUUUGGACGCUGUGACACGUGGGCUCAAGGUAGCUCUUAUUGAACGAGAGGACUUUGCCAGUGGUACGAGUAGCCAAAGUACCAAAUUGGUACACGGCGGCGUGCGCUAUCUGGAAAAGGCCGUACUUCAGCUAGAUAUUGAGCAAUACAAACUUGUUCGAGAGGCCCUGAGGGAGAGGGAUACGUUCCUCCAGAUGGCACCGCACCUUACCCGCUGGCUCCCGAUCAUGCUCCCUGUCAAACAUUGGUGGGAAUUACCCUACCUUUGGAUAGGUACAAAAUUUUCCGACUUGAUCGCCGGUUCGAGCACUGCUCCUUCAUCGUAUUAUCUAUCGAAGAAAGAAGCUAUGCUCAAAUUCCCCCAGCUUGAUGCAUCUCAGAUGUCCACAGCGCUAGUAUACCAUGACGGACUGCAAGAUGACGCUCGUAUGAACGUGGCAUUAGCGGUUACGGCGGCCAGUUAUGGAGCCAGCAUCACCAAUUACGCCGAAGUCCUGAGUCUCAGUAAGAAUGAUCAGGGCAAAGUUGAUGGAGUCAUUGUUAAGGAUCUUCUUGCGACUGACUCCAACCACGAACAAUUCCCCAUCAAAGCAAAAUGUGUCAUCAACGCGACAGGCCCCUUUUGCGAUGCGAUUCGUAAACUGGACGAUCAAUCGUGUGACAACAUUGUUGUGCCAUCGAAGGGCAUCCAUAUCGCCUUGCCAGAGCAUUGUACCCCUCCUGGUAUGGGCAUGAUCGAUGCCCAUUCGCCAGAUGGUCGAGUUGUUUUUCUGUUACCCUGGCAAGGCCGAACCAUUGCAGGGACGACAGACAAGCCAUGUGACGUAGAUCCACUGAUGGAGCCAGAUGAAGAUGACGUCCAGUGGAUUCUUGACCAGGUCAACUCAUAUUUGAAAAACUCUCUCAGGUUGACACGCCAGGACGUAUUGUCAGUGUGGGCUGGUAUCAGACCUCUUGUGAAGGAUCCGUCCGCAGCGACAUCCCAAGAUAUCGUCCGACACCACCUCAUCAACAAAAGCAAAAGUGGGUUGCUCACAGUAUCGGGUGGAAAGUGGACAACUUUCCGGCAAAUGGCCGAAGACGCUGUCGAUGCUGCAAUGGAGUCAAUAACACCGAUCAGUGUCCCAUGCGUGUCAGCGGAAAUCCAGACUGUGGGCGCGAAAGGGUGGUCAGAGACAUUGUCUACCAUGCUGAUGCAACAACUCGAUCUCGACUCGGAUGUGGCAGGUCACCUGUCUGACUCAUAUGGAGAUCAAGCGUGGCAGGUACUGAAGCUUUGUGAGGUAUCCUCGCAAGGGGACUGUCAGACACGGCUCUCACCUCUGCACCCAUAUCUCACCGGCGAAGUUCGUUAUGCAGUACGUUAUGAAUAUGCCCAGCAUGCGACAGAUGUGCUCGCUCGUCGCACCCGUCUCGCAUAUAUCGAUGCCAGAGAGGCCAUCAAUGUAUUACCUCUAGUGAUCGAUAUCAUGGCAGAGGAGCUUACUUGGGACGACGGCAGGAAGGCACUGGAACACCGGAAUGCACUAAAGCGUUUGGAGAAAAUGAUCUAA